AUGUCGGAACUAGAGUCCCUAGGAGUCCAGUUGGUGGACCAGACGGACCUCGAGUCCACCAUUACCGCACAGGCUAACCAGGCGUUGCUAGCCAAAGACUCGGAGCUCGAUCAGAAACGGUUGGAAAAGGCAACCAAAGACUUGAACUCCACCCUCAAAAGAAUCCGAAUCCUCUCGGAUCGGUUGAACAGUCCUCGAACCAAGCUCAGCCAGCGCAAGCAGAUCCGUGACGAGAUCAAGUGGUUUGAAGAGAACGAGUUGGCCCAACGCCAGGCGGAUGUGAACGACAUCACCGCAAGACUCAGCGAGAACAAGAAACAGCUCGAAGACGCCAAAAGCAACGGAGGCAUCAAAGCUCCCACAAACGAGAGGCUUGCGGGAGAGUCCGAGAAGGAUUUCUUGAUCAGGACUGGUAAGAUCACUGCUUUCGGAAACGAGAACACCUUCAAGCAAGACUACGGCGAUGGCCACGAGGCUGAGGAGGUCAAGAACCAUCAAGAAUUGAGGGCUCCUGGCUUCGAGCCACCCAGCCACGCUAAGAGGCGAAAACUUGAUUCUGCUCCCGUGGAGCCUAGUGUAAAGGACGAGCCCCACGAUGUCCCCAGCGAUGCGGACUCAGCCAAAACAGAUACUCGAAACAUCGAUGAUGGCGACGAGUUGGUGUACCUCACAAGACUCAAGAGUUGGACAUCCAAAAGGUCAGGUCUAAGGGCUCAGGAUCAACAGGACGACCGUCCUGAAUGGCAAAAGCCACAUCCUGCGAUUCCCGAUGCAGUUCUUAACGAUAAAUUCAAACUCCCGGGAGACAUAUACCCAUCAUUAUUCGACUACCAGAAAACAUGUGUUCAGUGGUUGUGGGAGCUCUAUUCCCAGAAAACAGGAGGCAUUAUUGGAGAUGAAAUGGGGUUGGGUAAAACCAUCCAAAUCAUAUCGUUCAUCGCAGGUUUACAUUAUUCGGGCUUGCUUGAUAAGCCUGUAUUGGUCGUGGUACCGGCCACUGUCUUGAAUCAGUGGGUAAAUGAGUUUCAUCGGUGGUGGCCUCCUUUGCGUUGUGUCAUAUUGCAUAGCAUUGGUUCUGGAAUGGGGAACAAAGCCUCGGAAGAGAAGCUUGAAGAAUACUUGGAAACCCAUGACCCAAAAUCGUCCAAGAGUUCUUUGGCUGGGGUUCAAAGUCAAAUUAAUGCUAAAGAGAUAGUAGAUCGUGUCAUUCAAAAAGGGCAUGUUCUAAUCACAACAUAUGUUGGAUUAAGAAUAUACUCCAAGUACAUUCUUCCCAACGAAUGGGGUUAUGUGGUUCUAGAUGAGGGGCAUAAAAUAAGAAAUCCUGAUCUGGAUAUUUCAUUGACCUGCAAACAAAUAAAAUCGUACAACAGAGUCAUCCUCUCAGGAACGCCCAUUCAAAACAAUCUUAUCGAGUUGUGGUCCUUAUUCGACUUUAUAUUUCCUGGAAGACUAGGAACCUUGCCCGUUUUCCAACAACAGUUUUCUAUUCCGAUUAAUAUGGGCGGAUACUCUAACGCUUCAAAUAUCCAAAUCCAGACGGGCUACAAAUGUGCGGUAGUAUUGCGUGAUUUGAUUUCACCAUACCUUUUAAGAAGGUUAAAGAGCGAUGUGGCAAAGGACCUUCCAAAGAAGAAUGAAAUGGUUUUGUUCGUCAAGUUGACAAAAAUCCAGCAGGACUUAUAUGAGAAGUUUUUGAGUAGCGAAGAUCUCGACUCCAUUCUCAGAGGUAAAAGAAAUGUGCUCAUGGGAGUAGAUAUCCUCAGAAAAAUUUGCAACCAUCCAGAUUUGGUUCACAGAGAAGCUUUGCUACACAAGGCUAACUAUAAUUACGGCGAUCCGGUUAAAUCAGGCAAGAUGCAAGUGUUGAAGGAUUUAUUACAAUUGUGGCAGAGUCAGAAACAUAAAACAUUAUUGUUCUGUCAAACUAGACAAAUGUUGGACAUUUUGGAAAAGUUUGUUGCCAAUUUGAAGGUAAUCAAUUUGGAUGGCGAAGAGAAGCCAAACGAAUUGGACGACAAGGAGUACUUUUCUUAUCUCAGAAUGGAUGGCUCGACCCCAAUUUCGAGGCGUCAGACGUUGGUGGACAGCUUCAAUGAGACCCCUUCGAUUGAUGUAUUUCUUCUAACCACCAAAGUCGGAGGGCUUGGUGUUAACUUGACGGGAGCAGACAGAGUUAUCAUAUUUGAUCCUGAUUGGAAUCCGUCGACCGAUAUCCAGGCCAGGGAAAGAGCCUGGAGAUUGGGCCAAAAGAAGGAUAUAACCAUCUACAGAUUAAUGACCACAGGGUCUAUCGAGGAAAAAAUCUACCAUCGUCAAAUCUUUAAGACCUUUUUGACGAAUAAGAUUUUGAAGGACCCUAAGCAAAGACGUUUUUUCAAGGUCAAUGACUUGCAUGAUUUGUUCACCUUGGGUGACCAAAAUGAAGAAGGCACAGAGACAGGAGACAUGUUCAAUGGCACAGAAAAGACUAUAGGUGGAGGGUCUACCGCGCGGAGAUCCACCAAGUUGAUCAAGCCGGCCCACAAGAAUGACGAUGACUUCUACCAGGUUGCCAAUAUAAUGGGAGUGUCGAAGCUAGACAAAUUUGAAGGAGAUAGAGAAGACGAGGGAUCCGAGAGCAAGGAUGAUAACCGACUCAUGGAGGGCAUAUUCGCCAAGGGAGGUGUUCAUAGCACAUUGAAACACGAUGAUAUAAUUGAUUCAGGCAAUCAGGAACUAUCAUUGGUGGAAAAAGAAGCGAAUAAGGUUGCCAAUGAAGCUGCCAAGGCCCUCCGAGAGUCGCGAAAACUUACCAGAAAGAACCAGAUUGGAACUCCCACCUGGACAGGAAAAUUUGGUUUUGCUGGUAAGUUUGGGGCCAAAAACGGAGCGAAAAAGGGACGUUCCAGCUCACCGGGGACGCUUGCCUCUAGUUCUAUUCUUGACUCGUUGAAGCAGAAGAAGGGGGUAAAGGAAAGUAUCUUCACCAAGGAAAAGCCAAAGGCAGGAGAGGGUCCCGAUAAAAAGGAGCUAAUGGACAAACUAAUCAAGUUUCUUCACCUGCAGCCCAACCACUUCAGCACAUCUAACGACAUAUUGAGGAAUGUGGGCGUGAAAAUGACCAAGGAAAGUGAUACUGUAUUGAUGAGGUCGAUGUUGAGAGAAACGUGUGAUUGGCGAGCGGAGAAGAAGGGGUGGGAGUUGAAGCAGGAGUUCAGAGAAUAG